AAACUAAAACAGUCUGAACGUAUGCACGAACACAUUGACAUGCGAGUGACACUGUACGAGUGACAUUUCAGACAUUAAUUCGAAAAUGCCGACACUGUUAUUGGUAUUCAUACUUGCAAGACUUGCGGCCAACUCUGCUUGUGGAACAUGUGUGGCAGACUGUGACUGGAGUGUGGGAGAGUGGGGAGAAUGCAGUAGAUCAUGUGGCGGAGGGUAUCAAACCAGAAACAGGACCCUGUGUUGUCAUGACAACGAGUCUACAGAAACAUGCCUGGAGAGAUGUCACAACAAGUCCUAUGCAGGUGCCCCAGACACCCACAGAACGUGCAACAACCUUUGUCUGAAUGGAGGGAAGUUUGACGACAAUACUGGUCUGUGUUGGUGCAAUCAGGGAUGGAUAAGUACAUGCUGCCAAGAAGCUUCUACGUCCUAUAAAUUCGCUUGCAGCGUCUCCACAAGGAAAACAUAUCCGAAAAUACUUUCUCAGGUAGCAGGUGAACCAGAGUCUGCUGCUCUCAGUAGAUUCCAUGUUGUGAAAGCACAGCUGGCGAAUGAACUUUUCACUGUGGAAACUUACAUACCCCAGGAAAUUAAUAUAGUCCUGAGAUUAUGCUCACAUAAUGUCUACAGUAAAGAUGGGUGCAUGGUGGACCACAUGUCUACUUCUCGGGACUUACUUCGUAACAGAACUGUAAUCUACAAUGGGGGAUACCUUGGUGAAAUAAGGAGCGUCUUCCUCGAGGUUUCUCAGAAGGAAAGACUGGUAGAGUAUGAGUGGGUCCCAGAACACCUCGAUGUGAGUGACCAGUAUUCACACUUACACUGUUCAAGAAAGAUGUCACAUAUUCAGCAUCCCAGCAUUUUUCGUCACCGACGAUGGGCCAGUCGAGAUCUUCAGAUUCUUAUCCAAACAAGUGACAGCAACUAUGCUGGUACUGAUGCCACCGUCAGUAUGAUAAUUUACGGUGACAAAGGCAGCUCACGCAGCAUGGACAUGGAUGGAAGUUUUGAGAGCGGAGAUGUUGAUACAAGUAUGCGAAGUAUCAAUGAAAUAGGAAGAAUACGCAGCAUUAGGAUAUGGCAUAAUAACAGGGGGACCAAUGCUGGCUGGAAAUUGGACUGGGUGCGUAUUUCUGAACUUUCUGAACCGGGUGUAACAUACGAGUUUGGAUGUAGUUGCUGGUUAGAGGACAAUAACAAUGGAAAAGACCUCAGACAUAGCACAGCUUGUCCGUCCAUAUCAAAUUGUGCAACGCAGCGUUGUCGUACCUGUACAGCAUGCCAGUCGCCCUCAAAGGAUUUUUAUUUCAGAUUAUCUGCCGACAAAGUCAAAUGUGACACUGUCUGCUCAUAUGUAAGCAACAGGUGGUGCUGGCCUGGCAAUUGCUACAAUGGUCUUCUGACAUCCUGCUCGUGUGAUAGUGGAUUCAGGAAGUCAGGGACGUCCACGUGUGACAGUGAGUGUUUUACAAUUUAA